UAAAACGUCGAAAGUUUUCGUAUCCACGGCGAAUCGAUCCAACUUACGACGAAGACAUGGCGUCUGGAACGGAAAGCAAGCGUGUCGCAAAUUUAAGUUUAUCUACUAAUUACGGGAGAGUAUGCACCAGUGGAACGGACAAGACCAAGGUCGCGUUCUGCACGGACGUUGAGAAAUCGAUAAUAAUACACAAUUUCGAGAAAAGAGGCUGGGUCCAAGUUGGUCCGGAAGAUGACUGGAAUUUUUAUUGGGCGGCCACUCAAUCAUGCAGAACGAUAUUCAGCGUGGAGACUGGAUACAGGAUGGACGACAAACAAAUCAUCAAUCAUUUUCCGAAUCAUUACGAAUUGACGCGCAAGGACCUUCUGGUGAAGAAUAUUAAGAGGUAUCGCAAGGAGCUGGAACGGGAGGGGAAUCCCCUCGCUGAAAGAGGAGACUGCCCCGGGAAAUAUUUAUAUUUAGACUUCAUUCCAGUCACCUUUGUUCUACCUGCAGAUUACAACAUGUUCGUGGAGGAGUACCGAAAGUCGCCUCAGAGCACGUGGAUCAUGAAGCCGUGCGGCAAAUCGCAAGGUGCUGGGAUAUUUCUCAUCAACAAACUCAGCAAGCUGAAGAAAUGGUCGCGAGAAGCGAAGAAUCCAUUCAAUCCUAGCCUAACUAAAGAAUCAUACGUUAUAUCCAGAUACAUCGACAAUCCCCUGCUGAUAGGAGGCAAGAAGUUCGACCUACGAUUGUACGUUCUCAUCGCCUCUUUUCGUCCCUUGAAGGCGUAUUUGUUCAAGCUCGGAUUCUGUCGUUUCUGCACGGUCAAAUAUGACACCAGUAUACAGGAGCUGGACAACAUGUACAUACACCUGACGAACGUGUCCGUGCAGAAACAUGGCGAGGAGUAUAACAGCAAGCACGGAGGCAAAUUGAGCGUGCAUAAUUUGAGAUUGUACUUGGAGAGCACACGCGGAAAAGCGGUCACCGAGAAGCUGUUCGCGAACAUCACGUGGUGCAUCGUGCACUCUUUGAAAGCUGUCGCCCCUGUCAUGGCGAACGAUCGACACUGCUUCGAAUGUUACGGUUACGACAUUAUCAUCGACAACGAGCUCAAACCGUGGCUUAUAGAGGUGAACGCCUCCCCAUCGUUGACUUCUACCACCGUGAACGAUCGAAUCCUGAAAUACAAAUUAAUCGACAACAUAAUUUCGAUCGUCGUUCCUCCAGAAGGUAUUCCAGACGUGAAAUGGAACAAGAUUCCUCAACCGGAAGCAUUGGGGAACUUCGAACUCCUCCUGGACGAGGAUCUGUGCGCCCAAGAAGACAAAGAGUACUCGUCUGGCAAAUAUCGCGGCUCCUCGAGCAAAUGGAAAUAAUAACGGAGCCGUUCUAAAAAGUAUUAUUUUAAAUAUAAGUAUAUUCGUAUCGUUACUGAGACGUUGCUUUGAAAUACUUAUCUUUUAGUUGUAUCUAAAAUCCACCCGGGUGUGAUCAAGGGCUCCUCGAGGAAAUGGAAAUAAUAAUUCAGCCGUUCUAAAAAAAUAUAAUAAAUUUCAAAAUCAACAUCUC